AUGGGUAAAGGAGUUUUAAAGUACGGUGGGAAGUCUGGUAUUCUUCCCAAAACAAAGGCUAUUUUCCAUCGGCCAAUACGUCCCUUGAAUGAAAUCGAGUUACAAAAGGAGAAAGCAAAGGAAAGUGGAUAUGCAGAAGGUGUACCAACUCCAAAGAUAAAUGGGAAACAUCUUCCACGUCAGCAGCCCCCUAGAAAGUACAUAACAGUGGAGGACAGAAUCAAGCAUAUCAAAUACCCUCCAAUGUCAUUGCGAGAGAUGAACGACUUACCUGCUGAAGAGAGAGAUGCAUACAAGAGAGCUUACUACAGAGCUGAAUUUUUAAAAGAAGCUUACUUAGAGGAGGAGAAAAGGUUAAAGAAGAUCGAUGAGCUCAAAAAGGGCGUUCAUGAGAAGGAGUUGGCUAAGCAACGUCAAUUUGAAGAAGAACGUAAGGCUGACUCAUCAAACAUUGCAUCAUUGCCUACAAUGCAGAAGAUUUUGGAACAAGGAUUGGUAAGAAGGAGGACACCGGAGGAACAAGAAUUGUUGAAAGAGCAACGUAAGUUGAAUCGUCGUUCUAAGGAGUUGCACGAGAAGGAAAUGAAAGCACAGAAAUUGCUUGAAUUGUACCACUCGGCAGCUAAAUUUAUCACUACUGAAGAGCAGUUAGAAGAGGCUAUCUACAGGGCUUUUGAAGUCGACGCAGGUAAAUUUGAAAGUGCUCAAACUAGUAUAGAGACCAAGUUGCUUUCAAGAAGCGCUGGAUAUUUAGUUGGAGAAGUGAAUGAGUUAAAGAUCACUGAUGCGGUCUUGGGACAAAUCAACGGAAAACCAGGUUUGGAACAAAUCAAGGACGUUUUGAGUGGUACUAGAGAGCAGACGAAAAGGGAAGCUCAAUUGAAUUUAAGUAAUGAGAUAUAG